AUGGCCCUCGCCGCCCGCCCCCUCCCGCCCUUGUGGCACGCCCUGCUGCCCGCCCUCAAUCCUGCUCCCGUGCGCCCGCUCUGGAAUGCGCCGCUGCUGCAGCGCCUCGCCCUGCCCUCGCUGUCGCUGCCCGCACUCCCCUCGCUCGCCGAUAUCUGGGAUGGCAUCCUCAAUGCGGUGCCCAAGAAGAAGACGUCAUACCGCAAGAAGCGCCAACGCUUCAUGGCCGGCAAGGGACUCAAGGACAUUACAUCGCUGAACCGCUGCUCGGCAUGCGGCCGGGUCAAGCGCCUGCACAUAUUAUGCCCGUACUGCGUCGAUGCAAUCAAAACCAACAUCUUUGGCCAGCUCAAUUGGGCCAUCCGUCGACCCACCGAUAAGCAGGCCAAGCAAUGGGCACGUGAAAGGCGACAAGAGGCCCAGAGAAUGCGCACCGUGGCGCCCGAUCCACGCAAGGAAAAGGAAGAGCAGAUUCUCAAGCAGAAUGGCUGGAAAAGAUGA